GCAUAAAACCUCCGUCAACCGAUUAGGGUUUGCAGCGGGUUCUUUUCUCCGUCCCAGAUAAAUCCUUGCCCCGCCUCCUCCUCCUCCUCCUCUCCAUUUCUUCCUCUCCGUGCUCCCUGUGGUGUUGUCAAAGAGAGAGAUGGCGGCGAAGAAGGCUAGCUUGACGAGCAGGAACCCGGAGUUGAUCCGGGGGAUCCGGAAAUACUCGCGGUCGAAAAUGUACCACAAGCGCGGGAUCUGGGCGAUCAAGGCCAAGCACGGCGGCGUAUUCCCCCGCCACGAGCCCAAGGCGGCGCCGCCCAAGCCCGCCGAGAAGCCCCCAAAGUUCUACCCCGCCGACGACGUCAAGACCCCCAUUCCGAAUCACCGCAAGCACAAGCCCACCAAGCUCAGGCCGAGCAUUACGCCCGGGACGGUGUUGAUUCUUCUCGCGGGGAGGUUUAUGGGGAAGCGAGUUGUCUUCUUGAAGCAGCUGCCUUCAGGAUUGCUCCUUGUUACUGGGCCCUUCAAGAUAAAUGGAGUUCCUCUGCGUCGUGUGAAUCAGGCUUAUGUCAUUGGUACAUCCACCAAGAUUGAUAUUUCUGGGGUUGAUGUUGAGAAAUUUGAUGACAAAUAUUUCACAAAGGAAAAGAAGAAGAAGACAAAGAAGAGCGAGGGUGAAUUUUUUGAUACAGAAAAAGAGGCAACCAAGGCACUCCCUCAGGAGAAGAAAGAUGACCAGAAGACCGUGGAUGCCCAAUUGAUUAAAGCCAUUGAAGCUGUUCCAGACUUGAAGGCAUAUUUAGGUGCUAGGUUUUCUCUUAGGGCAGGCAUGAAACCACAUGAGCUUGUUUUCUAAAAUGACAAUGAAAACAUUUCAGCAGCUCCCUCGGAAGUGCUGUUCAAGCUUCAGUGUAGCUGGGUUAGUUUUAGUUUUGGAUUCGAGGAAGUGAACUUGAGUUUUGUUUUAUGUUUGGUUUGUUGUUCAUGAGGGAUGUUUGUUCGGUUAGGCCGUAUUUGGUUGGUUGGACAUAAAUCUGAAUUAUUAAAAGAUAUACGUCUCUUUUUUUU